AUGGCCAGCCCCCUGUUGGGGAACAUAGUGGCGGAGGGCAGACGGACGCCGGUGGCGGCUGUGGCCGGGGAGGAGCAGCAGGAGCCCUCCCAGCGCAGCGUCUUCCUCGACCAGAGUCGGCGGCACCGGACGGCGUUCACGCGAGAGCAGCUGUCCCGACUGGAGCAGGAGUACGGCAAGGAGAGCUAUGUGUCCAGACCCCGGCGGUGCGAGCUGGCCACGGCGCUCAAUUUACCAGAGACAACCAUAAAGGUGUGGUUCCAGAACAGGAGGAUGAAGGAUAAACGCCAGAGACACUCCGUGCCUUGGCCUCACCCUCUCGUCGACCCCCUGGGUGCACUCUUGAUGGGCCGUGCGUCUUCUUCCUCCACCUUACCAUACCCCUUCAUCCCGCCCCCACUCCCCCACCUCCCCCUUCACCACUACUCCUCCCUGGCUUUCUCCUUGCCAGCAUCCUCAGCUCACAGUCCCUACAGUGCACCCAUGAGGCCCCUGGAUGCACUCCGCUUCUUCCAGUACCACAACAGGCCUGGGGGGCUGCCUCAGGCGACAGCAACCCUCUACCCCCCCGCCAGCAUCGUGCACCAUCCAUCUUCGUGCCCCUGUCCCCUUUGUCUGCACUCGGGACCAGAACAACUCCUUAAAGCCAGAGGGGAGGCACUGGGACUGAGCCAGCCCCGUGGUCUCAAGGCCAACAUCCAGCCUGCUGGUGUGGAGUGGACAGAAGAGAUGGUGUAAAUCCAGAUGGAAACUACACCAUGAUCUCCAAGAUUGUCAAACUGCUGCAAACAAAUAAGCUGCCACAAGUAGCAGCAUACUCCCUUUGCCUUCAUUCAAUGCUGUCGACAAGGAGGGGCAACUGCUAUACACUAAAGUGUCGUGUGGUCUAAAUACUCUAAAUAAGAGACUCAUAUCAAAAGCACCUCAAAACACUGGAAAUGGAAACACGCAAGUCAAAGGUCUUAUCUAAAACAUCAAAAAUCACAUGGCACUGCAAACUGGCAGCGUAAUGGAGAGCCGUGCCACUAACAAGUUCAGUUUAUCGGCCUGAACACUAACUAUUUUGUCAGUGCUAACACAUCGAACUCAAUUUCAUUUGGUUAACACUGCCAGCCCAAAAAAGAUGCCUUCAAAUUGGCUAUAAAACAAAUGUUUGUCUCACUUUGCUUUUGUUUGUACAAUCACCGUUUGUUCAUCCCAAACAGUUAAUGUAGCAAUUGUAGUAAUGUUAACCUGAUGGCUCAGACUCUUAAUGCGAACUUCCGGUCUUUCUAUUAUAUUCUCCCAGUCUCUCUCUCAUUCUUGGUAAUGUUCCUGAAGAGGGGACCUUGGUUAUAGCUGUGGUUACUCAUUCAAGCUGUCACAUGGAUGCAAUUUCCAUUCAUUUUGAAGUGACCUGUCUGAAUUGGUUUGGAUUCAGUCUGAGCACACCUUGAGAAACCUUAAAGUGAUAGUUCAAGUUACAUGAUGUGAGGUACUUAUCUGUAGUCAGUGUAUUACCUGCAGUAGAUUCAGAUCAGAGCUCUCCCAGUCUAGAGAAGCAGCAGGAGCAUCAGCACAGAAGCUGAAUGAGGAGCUGCUGUGGACGGAGACAUCCGCACAAACCUGUUUUAGUCACUUUAAAAAAAAUAUACCCUGAGAAAAGGUAAUACGCUGAGUAUAGAACAGUACCUCACACAACCCCACGUCAAAUAACCUAAACUAUCACUUUAAGUCCACAGUAUAGGUACUGCAGAAAUGAAUGACAUCAGGUUUGUAUAAAAAGAUGAAAAGCAACAGCGCUCCUGAUGGGCAUUACAUUUUUAAGUCUAAACUAGGGUUCAAUUUAAGAUUACUUAAACAAUUAAUCAGGUAGUUAUGAAUAUUGCUAAUUAAUAUUCUGUCAAUAAUAUAAUCGACUAAUUGUUGCAGCUUUACAUUAAAGCUUUGACUUUUGACCAACAAAAUGUAAUCAGUCCAUCCUUGAGUCCAAGCAAACGUUUGUGCCUGAUUUUAAGAAAUUCCCUCAAACUGUACCUGAGAUAUCAAAUUCAUUAGAAUGGGAUAAACAUUAGGGUCACAGCAACAUUAACCUUUGACCUUUGAUCACCAGAAUCUAAUCAGUUCAUCCUUGAGUCCAAAUGAAAACAUUUGUGUCACAUUUGAAGCAGUUCCCUCAAGGUGUUCCCAAGAUAUCACAUUUACCUGGCCGGCAUAAAAAAGAAUGGACACAGACAAUGCAAAGAGUAGUUUGUAUAAGGAUGUUCGAUGUGACUCAGAUAAUAUAUCUUUCUAUUUUUUAGGGCGUUUAACCAGGAAAAAGCAACACAGGGGUAUAUAUAUAUAUAUAUAUAUAUAUAUAUAUAUAUAUAUAUAUAUAUAUGUUGAAGUGGUCGCAAAAGCACAAUCACACUGAGUGAAGCCUUUAAUGUACAUAUCAGGGUUUGGUUGGAUUUUCAUUGUUUUCUCUGCUGUAACACUACAGACUACUGCUUUUAUUUAUUUCUACAACUGUAAAACUUUAAGUGGCAUUCACUGACACCUUGGGCUAUUUCAGGGUAAAGAGAGUACAGUUCGAAGCUGUUUACAUUUCAUUGAAGAGAACAUAAAGUUCCUGUAUAUCAG